UCCAUCCAGAGCUACAGGCUUGGCAUUUGGGUACAUGUCCCUUUAGAGUGUCUGUAGUAUACAUUGCUUUGAAAACAAAACACAAGAGCAAACAGUAUUGAUCUUUCAGGAUCUUACCAGUAUCUUAUUCUCUAUGACGUCAAUGGCUUGAGAUCGUCCACAGAUGAUGACUAAUUUAGCCAUUUCACAGAGACAGGCAUUUGGGGUUUCCACAAUGUCCUCACUGGGAGACUUCCACAGGAAAUGCAAGGUCCAGUCUACGGCUUCUUCUUAACCCCAGGUCACCCACCUAAGGUUCCUCCUGUCCACUCAGCACUCCAAUCGAAAUACAGAUUUCCUUGAGAGGCCUAGAAGCCCUGGUUCCCACCCACUCAGCAGUCAGCUGGGCAUCCUCACUCCACCUUGGACCUCAACUAGGGCAAAGGCCUCUAGUGGGUAUGGUGACUGCCUUGUUUACUCAGCCAGCGGGACCUGAGCCCAACCCAGUCCAAGGUGAGUCACCUGAACCGAAGGCAGGCACCACCCUUCCCAGAGUAGAACCCAGCUGGGCCAAAAGCCAUCACCACCUUCCAGAGGGAAACAGACUGCCUUGGCAGCGGCUGGAGGACACGGCAGCACCUGGCCUGCAGGGCGCUUCGGGGAGCAGCCAUGUCCACCCUGUACCCAUCUCUGGAGGACCUGAAGGUAGACCAGGUGAUCCAGGCCCAGGCCAGAGCCUCGCCCAAGAUGCCUGCCCUGCCUGCCCUGUCCACCCCAGUCCCAGAGGCAGCAACUCCUCCUCCUUCAGUUUUGUACCCAAACCUGGCGGAACUGGAGAACUAUAUGGGUCUUUCCCUCUCCAGCCAAGAAGUCCAGCAGAACUUGCCUCAGACUGCAGAGGAGGACAGCACGGCAGUCUCCAGCCCCUGGCCUGGCCAAGUGGUGGCACCCGUGUCGGGGAACAACCUGGGUGUGCGCCGUGCAGAGAUCAAGCCUGGGGUGCGCGAGAUUCACCUGUGCAAGGAUGAGCGGGGCAAGACUGGGCUGCGGCUGCGGGCCAUCGACAAGGGGCUUUUUGUACAGCUGGUCCAGGCCAACACCCCCGCCUCCCUGGUGGGCCUGCGCUUUGGGGACCAGGUCCUGCAGAUCGACGGACGUGACUGUGCUGGCUGGAGCACAGACAAAGCCCACCGAGUGAUGAAGAAGGCAUCGGCUGAAAAGAUUGUCAUGGUUGUUCGGGACAGGCCAUUCCAAAGGACGGUCACCAUGCACAAGGACAACCUGGGCCAUGUCGGCUUCGUCCUCAAGAAGGGAAAGGUGGCCUCGGUGGUCAAGGGGAGCUCAGCAGCCCGCAACGGGCUGCUGACCAACCACUAUGUGUGUGAAGUGAACGGGCAGAACGUCAUCGGGCUGAAGGACAAGAAGGUUACAGAGAUUCUGACCACAGCUGGAGACGUCAUCACCCUGACCAUCAUUCCCACAGUGAUCUACGAGCACAUGCUCAAAAAGUUGUCCCCAACGCUGCUCCACCACACCAUGGACCAUUCCAUCCCAGACGUCUGAGGCCACAGGAGGACAGCUCUGCCUCCUUCCUCCUUGCAGGGAAAGGCAGUUGUCCUCAGAUGACAGGUGGCAGCUGGCCUGCUACCUGAGAUCCGGGCUCUGAAGUGGGCGGCAAGAGUGUUCCAGGUGGGUGGACAUCAGAGGGCAGGAGUCUGUCCUGGGAGCCUUGGCAUUCUAGCUGGGCCUGGGGAAAGGGCAGAGUCCCCAGGAAGCCUAUUCUCUGCACUGUUUAAAAGCAGGGCACGUAGGCGGGCCUGCCCAACACUCCUCAGAGUUGUGGCUGGGUCCCUUUCAAAAUUCUGUCUCUACCAGGAAAAGCAGCUACAGGACGUGAGAGCAGAAGUAUGUUCUUUGUGAGAAUAUUUAGUUUUUCCUCUUAUCACUCUUCAUCACAGACUGCAUAUAGAUUAUACAGUUGGAAACCUUUACUGUCUUUUAAAUAAAGAUCUUGACUAUCAUCCUGUUCCCAAAGUUAUUGAAACGUUCCAGAAUCUCACUCCCAUGACAUGCAGUAGAGUUGCUUCCCCUGCCCCAUCCUGGGGCUUAAACUCAGGACCU